AUGAAUCGAUCGACAGUGGCAAGAUUCAGCACCACUUCAAUGGCCGCCGCCAGAAACAGGCUGCCAACUAACAUAAAACUUAGAAGACCCAUUCCCCCUACCAUAGACAACAUCACUGUUCCUGAAAACCAUCCAUUGUGGCAGUUUUUCGACAACAAGAACUUUCUUAGAAAACCCCAGGAAAUUCAAACAACUGGUCGUCCAUGGACAAUUCAAGAGCUGAGAAGGAAGAAGUUUGACGACUUGCACAAGCUAUGGUAUGUGUGUUUGAAAGAGAGAAAUGUACUGGGCAGAGAACACCGACUAUUGGAAAGCGUUGAUUCUCAGAGUGCCAUUAUUUACGAAGAGCAAAGUGAACAAAUCAGGACUACGAUGUGGAGAAUCAAGCACGUUUUGAGAGAAAGGCAAUUGGCGGAGACAAAGUCUAGAGAAAAAUUACUGAAGUCCUCCGAGCUACAAGAUUAUUUACAGGAUUUUAAACAGGAGUACUUGGAUUCUCAGGACGUUGAAACUCAAGAAUGGUACGACAAACUGGAAAGGCUACAGUAUGCUAUAUUUGGAAUCCCUAAUUAUUUAUCCGCUGACACUGUAGUUGAUGAGCAUUUCCUGGAGGGUGUCAAGUUCAUUGGAGAAUUGAAGUUUGCCAAAUUUUCUGAAAGCGUUCCUGAAUUGCAAGACUUGGGAAAACUGUCAAGCAUAGUUGAAAAUUACGCUCUGUUUGAAGAGACUAGCAAUAAGGAAGGAGUUACUCUUGCUGUCAAAAGAAUUGAAGAGUACAGAGCUAAUGAUAUUCAAAUUCCUCAAGAGAAGGAACUGGAAGUUAUUCAAGAACUUGUCAGAGAUCGAUUAGAAGUCGCAGAAUAA